AUGCAGUUCAAGACGCUCUUCCUUGCCGCUGUCGCCCUCGCCUCGACCUCCAUGGUUGCUGGCAAGUGGCUGCCGACCUCGGCCAACGAAAACUACUGGCAGUACUGCCGCUCCGAUGGUGCCCACUUCGACACGCUGCACGCGUGCUUCCAGGCACCGUCUGGCUCGUUUGUUCGACAGGUAGCUGGCCAGUCCGGCUUCACCGGCUACCUUGGCUCCGACCUCAACCAUUUCGUGGUGACGUACGAAGAGGACACCACGCUGGUGGGCACCAAAUACAUUGUCAACAUCGAGUUUUUCGUUGUUCCGCAGCCGGGCGUCAACGAUCCCAAGUGCGCAGGUGUCACGGUGCUGGAGAAGACCGGGAGGAAGAAUGAGGGAAUCGUGAUUGCCCAGCAGACCGUCUGCAAGGGCGACAUCAUGAAGCUGCCCCAGCAGAUGGCUUAG